AUGCUCAGCUCACUCGUCGCUACCUCUCUUCUGGUCGCUUCGGUAGUCAUGGCCGCGACCCAGCAGGUUGUCGUUGGCUUGAACGGGACCAACGUGAGUACUAUCCCUAUCAAUAUCGGUGUCGGAGACACAGUCAACUUCACCUUUGUCGCGAAAAAUCACACGGUCUCCCAGUCCAACUUCCUCAACCCCUGCGUUCCGCUUGCGGGCGGGAAUGCUUUCUCGGGCUUCAGGCCGGCCAAUAUCACUGCUGGCAGGACAUCCAACGUCCUCGUCAAUGACACCAAGCCCAUCUGGAUCUACUGUGCCCAAGGUAACCACUGCGUUACUGGCAUGGUCAUGUCUAUCAACGCCCCGGCUACCGGCAACAUGACCUUCGAGGCGUACCUCGCCCGAGCCCUUGCCGCAGCGCCCCCACCUGCUCCCGGCGCCAGCGGAUCUCCCUCCAGCGCCCCUUCAGGCUCCGCUGCUCCGGCCUCCAGUGCUCCAGCAUCCUCCUCAGGAUCCGAGGCGGCAAGCGGUACGGCUCCUUCCCCUGCUGCGUCAAGCAAAGGUGCUGCUGCGGGUGGACAUUCUACGAUGGCUGCUAGUGCAGGUAUCUUUGGGGCUGUACUUGCCGGUUUCGCAUUGCUUCUUUAA